AUGGCAUUGAGCAUGGCGAAGUCAACUUCAUUGCCUGGCCUAUGGAAGAUGGGGACUGAAAAGCCAAGAGGUUCGACAGGAAACUUGAAGAAGGCCACCCUAGCAUUCUCUGUAGGGGGCAAUUUGGACUCCGCUUUGGAUAGGAAGAAAGGACCAGCGCCGACCAAACAGACUAGAGAGCUAGCAGGACUUCUGCAGACAGCAGGCUGGCGAAUGGUACACACUGAGCAGCCCUCGGAACCACCACCAGCUGAAGAGGAUGUGCUACCCUCAAACAUGCGCCAACCCAGGGAUGCCCCCGCCUGGCUCAAGCACGACAAGCAGGUCCUCCGGUUUUAUGGCUUCUUCCAAGAAACCGUGACCGAACGGCCAGACGAAAAUGCACGCUAUCGACAUGUUUCCAUCAUGUUCCACAUGGAGGAUGGGACCAUGAGCAUGAACGAACCGAAGGUGGAGAACUCCGGAAUUGCUCAAGGAUCUUUCUUGAAGCGGCAAAAGGUGUGGCGUGCAGACGGGCUUGCAUAUAUUGGCCCGGAUGACCUGCGUGUUGGGAGCGAGAUCACUAUCUUUGGCCGCACCAUCCACAUCAGUGGGUGUGAUAGGUUCACGAGAUGGAUUUUUGAGCAGAAUGGGAUAUCGCUACCGCCUGAAGAGCCAAUGGUGGAGGAUGAGUGGCACAAGACGUACAAGCUGAGGAAAAUCAUAGAAAAGGGUCAAAAGCCAUUGACCAAGGCACAAGUGGAAGCGAAGAACUUGGCCAAAUUUAUGAGCGGAGCUCCGCAUGUGGACAUGAAAUUCACGCAGUUCGCCCUGAACGAGCGGAAGGUGCUUCGUUUCAAAGCAUUCUGGGAUGAUCACACACCGUACGGUGCGCGCAUGUACUUCAUCAUCCACUACUUUUUAGCUGACAACACAGUGGAGAUCAACAUGGCUCAAUGCCGGAAUUCAGGCCGUGAUGCAUAUCCAAUGUUCAUGAAGCGGGGCCAGCUUUCCAAGACAACCCAAGUCCUAGCAGUGCCAGGCUUGUUGGCCGCAGAAGGACAGAUCUACUACCCGCAGGACUUCCGGGUGGGAGCAUCGAUCAACGUUUGGGGCCGCAAGCUUGUCAUCUAUGACUGUGACGAUGCGACACAAAAGUUCUACAAAGAGUAUUUGGACAUAGACCAGCGCAAGGGGUGCAUCGACGUGUCUGAGAAGCCAGUGACACACUUGAAGUUGACACCAGCUCCUCACAAUGGAGUGGGCCGAGAGGAGGAUUCCUUGAUCAAUUGCCAGAUGAUUCAGCCAAAGCCUCCAAAAGUUGACUUGGAGCGGCUCAUGUUGUACCACGGGGAAAUCCUAAGGUUUGAGUGCAAGAUGAUGAAUGGUGAGCCUGAAGAUGAACUUCGACGCUUGGUGAUUGCUUAUUACCUGGCAGAUGAUGAAGUGGCAGUUUUCGAGGUGCCGGUGCGAAACAGUGGCCACAUGGGUGGACGGUUUUCAGAGAAGCGCCGCAUGAAGAAUCCGGACACUGGAGAAUACUUCAAGAUCGGAGACUUGUUUGUCGGUCAGACAGUUACCAUCGCUUCCCAGCCACUGCGAAUCACACGAGCGGACGAGCAUUGCUUGCAGUAUCUGGAGGCCCAUCCGGACGAGUUCCCCUAUGCCAGUCCUGUGGCUUGUGCUCGGCGUUUGUUGCCAUUGGCUACAGAUCCCGAAGUGCAAGACGAGAGAGGAAUUGAACCAGAGCGCUUAAAGGAGCUGGCUGCGAAAGCAGGAGUUUCCCUCAUAGACCAUGAGUUGGUCACGCUGCUGCGACAUUUCGGAGUCCCCCCGGAGAGUGAGGACCAACAACCCAGAAUCAUUGGUCCACAUGCACUCCAAUGUGCUGGCUGA